UACCUCACACGUGUUCAUCAAUGAUCACGUGCCAUUUUCUCUGCAUCUCUCUAUCCUGUGAUAUUGUAAAAACAAUCAACCAUGAGUAAUAUGGACACUCCGUGGUGGUCAACUUCUGAGCACAUAAUCACUGAAGACAUAGUGAGGGAUUUCUUUGAUCUCUCUAAGCCAGUGCCAAAAAUCAAAGGCUACACUCCUCCUACUCGUCCAAUCUCUUCAGCAGGUCGUAAAGCUCUCAGAGAUGCUGAAGAGGCAGCCAGUAGGCCUCCUCCUCCCCCUACCCUCCCCGUGUUGGAUCCUUAUUACACUGACCCUCAGUUAGGGGGUCUCUUUAUUCCUGGCGACCCUGCCUCUGCCUCUCAGGCUGCCUACACUUACGAACCUGCCCCUGUGUGCUCUAGGACGGACGUCUUUGAUCACUAUGAUUUCAAUUUUAAUUCCACGCCCUCACUCCCGAUAGACGUGUACAAACAAAACAUAUUAUCAACUAUUGAAGCAAAUCAGGUCACGAUAAUUGAGGGGUCCACUGGUAGCGGAAAGAGUACACAGGUUCCCCAAUAUGUAUUGGAGUCUUAUGCCCGACGUGGUAACCAUUGCAACAUCAUCUGUACUCAGCCCAGACGAAUAGCAGCCAUGAGUGUUGCUAAAUACGUGUCACAGUGCCGCAACUGGAGGCUGGGGUCUCUGGUCGGGUACCAGGUGUUUGCUGAUAAGGAAACGUCUGACGAUACUCGGCUGACGUUUGUAACAACUGGUACUCUAAUCCAGAAACUAAUCAACGAGAAGAAUAUGAACCAGUACACACACGUAAUACUUGAUGAGGUACAUGAGAGAGAUAAAGACACUGACUUCUGUUUGCUAAUCGUUUUGAGAUUAUUGAGAACUAAUUCAAGAAAUGUUAAAGUUAUUUUGAUGUCAGCUACAUUAGAAAGUUCCAAAUUUGCUAAAUAUUUUGAAGUUCGUGGCGAUAAGCCGAUAACCCCGCCUAUUCUCAAAAUCGAAGGUAGAGUUUUCCCUGUCUAUGAGUUCUUUCUUGAUGAGUUAAAGGAAUUUGGGACGUGUGAUCCUCCUACUCUAGAGAGUCCUUCCAUCACUGAUAAUGCCAUGUUGAUAGCCUGUAGGCUUUUGAGACACUUUGACAAACUGGAUAAGAAUAAAGAUCUUCGUGGUUCUGUCUUAAUUUUUUUGCCCGGCAUGCCCGAGAUCCAAAGAAUGGAAAUGAAACUAUCAAUGGAGUGUUCAGAUUUAAAUUUGGUUUACCUGCCAUUGCAUUCGACUGUCUCACCUGAGGAGCAAAUGAGAGUUUUUGUAGAGUUAGGAGACAAGAAACAACGAAAGGUCAUUCUAGCUACUAACAUUGCAGAGAGUUCACUUACUGUACCAGAUAUUCGAUAUGUUAUUGAUUUCUGUCUCACAAAGCAGCUAAUGUUUGACCAACAGACCAACUAUCAGUAUCUUAAUUUGACGUGGGCGUCUAAAGCCUCACUCCUCCAGAGGAAAGGAAGGGCAGGGAGGGUCGCUAAUGGUCGCUGUUACAAGCUAAUACCUGCCAACUUUUAUACUCAAUUUAUUGAUGAACAUACAACACCUGAAAUGGCUCGUUCUCCUUUAGAGUCAGUGGUGUUAUACAGUAAAAGGUUGGAUAUUGGUGACCCUAAGUCAGUACUACGUUGGGCCAUUACUCCUCCUAACCUCAAGGGAAUUGAAAAAGCUGUUCUGACACUCAAGGAGGUGGGUGGGCUUACUCUUAUGAUUAAUAAUAAGAUUGAUCCUUAUGAUGGCCACUUGACUUUCCUCGGGGAAAUACUGGCAGAUCUACCGGUUGAUCCUAAAAUUGGUAAACUGUUGCUACUUGGACAUGUAUUUGGUGUACUGGAGGAGUGCCUAGUCAUUGGUGCUGCCCUUUCUUUAAAGUCUAUUUUUGUACAGCCUUAUUAUGAUGACUUUUUAUCAUCAUAUCGUUCAAAAGUUGAAUGGGCCGAGAACUCCUACAGUGACUGUAUUGCUAUAUUGAAUGCUUAUAAAGCCUGGUGCUCUAUGAAAGAUGAGAAGGCAUUUCACUCUCACAACGAUAGAAAGGAGAAGGAUUGGUGUAAAAGAAGAUUCCUCAAUUUUAAUGCAAUGAAAGAUCUACGUAGCCUUAUUGAUGAGCUAAAGGAAAGAUUAAGCAAGUUUAAUAUUCGUAUGACAAAGAGUCUCAUUUCAAGACACAGGACCAUGUCUGAUGAUGAUGUCUUACUACUCAAGAUAGUGAUAGGAGGGGCUUUUUAUCCCAAUUACUUUUAUUUUGGGGACAUUGACGAAGACUUGAGUCGUAGAGAAAUGUCUGGACACGAUCCAAAGACUACCGUACUGGUGUCUGGUCUGCCUGCUGGUGCCGAAAGAUUCUAUGAAGAAUUUGCUGAGCUGUUUAAUAACAUUGGUGAAGGGAAGGCACUCCAUUUUGAACAAACUAGGUUGUAUGUUGAGUUUCGAAGGCCACAGCAGGUGGUUAGUUUCUGUGAUGCUAUUAAUGCCCUCCCUUCAGUAUAUGUAGCACUAAAAAUGAAACAUAGACGUGAGAAGUUAUGCCUAACAGUACCAACCAGUGAGCUAAACCAAUCAGCCUCCCCUUCCUCCUUCUACACUCAACCGGUUCAAUGUGAUAAGAAUGAUAUUCCACCUGCAGUCAUAAAUUUCAAAGAAGAAUACCAACGGGUCAUGAUAACUGACGUUCUCACUCCUGGACACUUUUGGGCUCAAUAUUUGAAUUCCGAGACUCACUCCAUACUCCGUGAACUAUUUGACACAAUUAAGAAGAUCAUCCAUCCUUCUAAACCGCCCCCACUGAGUAACUCGGUGGCUGUGAAAGACAUGGCUGGUCACUAUUGUUUGGCAUUGUACUCAGUCGAUGGACUUUAUUACAGAGGAUUAGUAAUGAAUGUAUUAUCUCAGGAUUUUGUACAGGUUAUGUUCAUUGAUUAUGGCAAUGAAGAGAGGAUCCCCCUCAGAUUUGUACUUAAACUCCCCGAUUCACUUUAUCAAUUGCCUCGUCAGGCUUUCGAGUGUCAGCUGGUUGGAGUCAAACCAAUGUAUGAUAAAUGGAGACAAGAUGCUCUUCAGAAAUUUAACGAAUUAGUUACUGAAAAAGAACUAACUAUGAAAAUAUUUUCGGAAGUCUCCGGCACACUGAGAAUUGAUUUAUGGGAUCUUACUGGACCAAAUGAAAUUCAUUUUAAUAACCUUUUGAUUACCGAGGGAUGGGCCUGCCGCUAUGAAGAGCCCAUUGACUCUAAAUUGUCUCAUGACAGUAUUGCUAGACAGUUAAACAACCCCUUUACCUUAUCUCCUUCAUCCUCCAUAUCCGUGCAUGCUAAAUCCAUUCCAUGGCCACCUCGUAAAGAGCAGCCCUCAAGACGCUAUCGUGGCGAAAGCCUCUCCACCCUGAAACUAAGGGGUCCCUCCAACCCGUACGAAGUAUCCUUUUACUCCAUGGCAAACGUGAUGGGGCUCCAUUCCACAAAGAUAGAGAAGGAUUCUGUUAAUUCGAUAGUAUUUAAUCCAGAGCCUCAGGAUAAGCACCAUAGGAUGAUGACUGCUGCUCACGUUGCUUUAAAUUCAGCUGGCAAUUCAGUCCUGACCAGAAAUACAACACUAAUGCCCAAUAGACCAGGCUUCUCUCAUAUCCUUUGUAUGCUGUUCUGCCCUCAUAUGGAGCUUAGGGUUGACCCAUUGAAUCGCCAGUAUAUAGGGGCUGUGUGUGGAUUAGGAUACAAUACUGAGACUGGACUGAGCCACUAUCCGGAACAUGACUUGGAAUUGGUGUUUGAUACCUUAAUAACUCAAGAGGACAUUGAUGCUAUCAAUAUGUUAAGGUCACAGAUCAAUUUCAGUUUGAAAAGUGAAGAUAAUAAAAUAGAAUAUUCACACGAUUUGAUCAAGGGAAUGCAAAAGAGGACCAGACAAAGUGUAAUGGAGUUAGUCAUGAAAUCAAGAGAAAGUGUAGAGCCCCUAACUUCUUAUUCUUCAAAUUGGAAUCUCCUUCGUCCAGAGGAUGUACUAAAGCCACGUAUCAAAGUCAGAGAAUUGGACGACUCUCCCCUCCCUCCUCUCUACCAGCUGCAUAGCGGAGUCAAGAUAAGUGGAGAGAGAGCUACAUCUCACAAAAUCACUAAAAUGAUACUCACAUUGAAUGAGAUUAGCGAUAUGAAAACGAAACUAACCAGAUCUGAUAUUCCUGGUUAUUAUACAUGUCCGCUAUGUCAUUUGAACUCUUCCUCUACUGCUGGACUCCACAGACAUUUUGAUACUAAAGAGCACAACAUGGCAGUGGAAGAAUUAAAGAAGGAAAUCAGUGAUGCUAAAGAAGGAGCCACACCUACAUGAAGGGAUUUUUUGUACUAUAACUGUUUCGUUGCAUUAUGUUAUCAUAUCUCAUCAAUCAAAACUUCUUGUUAAUCAAAGCUAAUUUUGGUUUAGUCAUUUUUUCAUAUUUGA